CUCUUAUUAGAAGUCAGACAACGACCACAACGACCAAAACCAGUGUUCUUCUUCAAGCAUUGCCAAUGAAGUUCUAAGCAACUCUUCUGAAGCUCCACCACCACGACCAACACUUCUCUCUCUCUCUCUCUCUGUAUAUAUAUAUAUGUGUGUGUGUGCGUGUUGGUGAAUUUGUAGGGUUUGUUUGAGUAAUGGAGAUCAUCGAUACUCAAAGCCUUUCGAACUUGGAUCUCAAUUCCAAACCACCAUUCUCUUACAAUUCCAUCAAGAUUUGCUCCCACGCUGCUUCCCAACAACUAUCUCCGCCGACUGUCCUAAGCAGAGGUUUCGACUCUCCGGCGGCGGCGGCCGGAAUGACAAACAAUGGUGAUGUGAGUGGCGCCGGUGAAGUGCCGAAUAAUACCGAGUCGAGUGCUGCCGCCAUGUGGGUGCAGAAGGUUUAUCGGAGCUACCGCACCAGGCGUAUGUUAGCCGAUUCCGCUGUUGUAGCCGAAGAGCUCUGGUGGCAAGCAAUCGACUAUGCUAGAUUGAAUCGCAGUACGAUUUCCUUCUUCAAUUUUUCAAAACCAGAGACGGUAGCUUCGCGGUGGAAUCGAAUCAGAUUGAAUGCUUCUAAGGUGGGUAAAGGUUUGUCUAAGGAUGCCAAAGCACAAAAAUUGGCUUUCCAGCACUGGAUUGAAGCUAUUGAUCCAAGGCACCGUUAUGGGCAUUGCUUGCAUAUAUAUUAUGAAGAGUGGUGUAAAACAGAUGCUGGUCAGCCGUUCUUCUACUGGCUAGAUAUUGGAGAUGGCCAAGAAGUUGAACUUAAAGAUUGCCCAAGAUCAAUGCUUCGGCAACUAUGCAUCAAAUAUCUUGGACCUCUAGAGAGAGAGCAAUAUGAAUAUAUUGUUGUGGAGGGGAAAAUAGUGCACAAACAAAGUGGAAAUUUUCUCGAUACAAUCAAGGGAAUGCCACGGGCAAAAUGGAUAUUUGUGGUGAGCACCUCCAAGAGACUUUAUGCUGGUCAGAAAAAGAAAGGUCUGUUUCACCAUUCCAGCUUCCUUUCUGGAGGGGCUACUUUAGCUGCUGGAAGGCUUGAGGUAGAGGAUGGAACACUUAAGUCUAUAUCGCCAUACAGUGGACAUUACCGGCCAACUGAUGACAGCCUUGACAACUUUUUGUCAUUUCUUAAUGAAAAUGGAGUGAACCUUGAUGAAAUUGAAAUAUGCAAGGCAAAUGAGGAUUAUGAAAAUUUUGAAGAGAGCAAAUUCAAUAGAGAAGAAAUUGCAGCUGAACUUUCAACAAAUUCAGAAUCCCCUCAACUUCAUAUUCCGAAGGAAGAGGAAAAAGAUAUGACCUUAGAACUGACUGAAGCUCCAGAAACUGAAACCAAAAGCAAUUACAGGAGGACACUAUCUGGUGGUCUUCAUAGCCCAAGAGCUGAGGUGCCCAAGAAAGCUAUAUUGGAAAGAAUUAAUUCCAAGAAGGCGGUCAGUUCAUAUCAACUUGGUCGUCAACUCUCACGGAAGUGGUCAACUGGCGCUGGUCCGAGAAUUGGUUGUGUUGCUGACUACCCUGUAGAAUUGAGAGUACAGGCCCUUGAGUUUGUCAACCUCUCCCCAACAACUCCACCGCCAUCAUGCUAUAGGCAGAUGUCUGGUCUUGCAUCACCUACAGCUUGCCCUGCACCAGAUCUCUAUAAUGGCCAUUCGAUCUCCAGUGUCUAAAUCUGUAUUUCUUCCCCUCCAACUUUUAAUACUUCUUGAUUAGAGGCUUUUAGUUGAUGUAAAUGAACUAGAAGUAUAGCUGAGGAGAGCCUAUGAUGAAUUGAAAUAAAAAGUAGGUAACAAGUUCAAAGUUUCAGUUAAAAGUUAGUCAAAUUGUUAGUUAGUCUUGAGCAGGAAACGGUUCUUGAACUGUGCAGGCUAUAAAUAAGAUAGGAAGAGUGUAAUUCUCUGCUUGUUCAGAAAUAAAAUUCAUUUACAGAUCUGGAAA